AAUGGUGUUUUCUCUCCUUUGCAGUCAUCAGGAAUCAAAGUAAAGGAAGAAUGUAAGGACAGAUUUGAUGAACUCAAGAUAGGCCACAAACAUAGUUAUAUCAUCUAUAAAAUUGACAAGGAUUUGAAAAAUAUAGAAGUAGACUGUGUUGGCGCCCUUGGCGAGUCAUACGAUAGUUUCUGUGAAAAAUUAAUUGAAGCUGGUAAUAACAAAGAAGGGCGAUAUGCUGUUAUGGAUUGCGAAUAUGCGAAGGGUAAAGCUAGCAAACUUGUCUUCAUGAUGUGGCUCCCUGACAACCAGUUGGGAAUUAAACAAAAAAUGAUCUACUCAUCUAGCAAGAAAGCACUGAGAGACAAGCUUCAGGGCAUCGGCAAGGAGAUGCAGUGUAAUGAUACAGACGAUUUGGCUUGGUCUGCUCUUGUAGAAAAAUGUCAAAGCAAAUACGACUGAACAGUAUAAAAUCUAGUACAUGUUGUGUUAAAGGUUAUAUGCAAAAUCAUUUUACAUGAAACAUAAUCCAUCCAUUAUUAUGCUCAUUUACAUUAGGCUGAAACAUAUGCGGAUGGGUGUAAUUGUUAUUGUAAGUUAAAAUAGUAAUUUCGAUAUAUUUCCCAUUGAUCUGUGUAAUGUGUAUGAAUAUUUUAAUGCCAAUUUUUGUCUAUAUAAAGUUGUGUUACUUUAAUUGAAUUGUAUCUGAAUAAAUUGUGAAGAACGUGAUUUCGGUCAUAAUCAAAGCAGUCUGGCUUCUUUUCCAUAAAAGGUAUUGUAAUUUACAAAACAAAAUUUUUAAAAAAUCUCUGUUGUUGGCCAAAAUUUAAGUUUUUUUUCAUGCUGUCUUUUUAAAUAUUUUUUAAAGAGUUUUUUAAUCGAUUUUAACGAUUAGAACGUUUUGCCAUACAGUACCCAUAACAGUUUCGCCGAAAUGUUUUCUGUAACAUUUUGAUUAUUCUGUAUGUUUUUCAAUAUAUAGCUUUGUUCUAGUCUGUGAGAAAAAGUAAAAGUAGAUGCUUACAUUUUUCGUUGAUAUGUACAUGUGCAUUUGAAUAAAUUUGGAAAGGAAGAUUGAUAUGUGGUAAUAUUGUUGAUGCAUAAAUUGUGAAAAUGUUACCUUUUCUGUUUUUAUUUGUUUUAUUCAGGAAUAAAGCCAAUGAUUUCUCUUGUUUGAUAUUUAAUGCUGAAUAAUUGAAAACUGUAGAAAAUUCCGACAUGACGGGGGAAAACGGUCAAAAUUUUUCUCCCUGGUCGUGUUUCCCUAUAUUGUGGGUAUUCCUUUCUUACCAAUCUAACCUAGAAAUUCUUUAAUAUGAAACGGAAUUAUGAACAGAAAUUAUGAAAUGACUGCAUUAGUAAUGUUAUUAAUUACAACAUAUCAUAGAUUUUCCUGCCUCCGUGUAUGUAUCACUAAGCUUGCAAGCAAAGUUCCCGGUUGUUUAUAAGUCAAUCGUCAUUAAAUGUUUUGAUUAUAAUGUUCAGGUACUAAGUUUGAAAGAUCAUGGUCACUUGCAUGUUUUAUGAAGAAACUUGAUUGAUUUCCGUUUACGUUUUCAUACUAUAUGUGCAUGUAAUAGAUGUUUACAUAUGUAUCCAGGUCUUGGUUGCAUAAUUAUAGUAUGUUAUUGCAUUUUUACUUACCCUUUUAAGAUGAAAUUAGCAUCUCAAUAGUAGUUUCAAUUGUGCUAAAAGAAAAAAGCUCAGCUCGUACAAAUUUCAUAGUCGAAGGAUCUAGCAAUAAAGUAAAGACAAAUUGAAAUCAGUAUAUCAAUUUGUGGUUGUAUAAAAUUCUUUUUGUAAAUUCCUUUUUUCCAUGUUCUGAUUUAUAAUGCAAGCUUGCUAUAAUUCGCCAUAGUUAAUGGCGAAUGAUCUUAUAAGGAGAAAUGGAAUCAUAUCAGAUUCUUUUAGCUUGGCUACUUUUGAUUGAUAAAACUUGACUUUAUUAAGACGAGGUUGUGAUAUAAUAUCAGAGAGCAGCUCGCACUGGUUUAUGUGUAAUUAGAUAUUUUCUGUGGUUGUAGUUUGGAAUUGUUCGAAUCACGGCAUGUUUUUGCUACAUCAUUUAAUAUGAAACAAAGAAUGGACAAUUAUGUAAUUUUGUUCAAAUAAAACUAUAACAAAAUCAAAA